AUAGAAAAAAAAAAGGAUUUAUAAGAGGAGGAUAUUUCAGCAUCUUUUUUUUAUAAAUGUUUACGGACGGAUCUGGGAAGGAAGCUCGUUGCCUUGCCGUCUCUCUCCCCCCCGAUUUCUCUACCAUUGCAAAAUUGAAGCUUUGGCAUGGCUGAAUCCAACGGGUCCCAUAACGAGUCUUCGUCAGAUGACGAGGAGGAAUAUGAUGACAGCAACAGGGGUUUUAACCUGGGCUUUAUCUUUGGAAAUGUUGAUAACUCUGGCGACUUGGAUGCUGAUUACCUUGAUGAGGACGCCAAAGAACAUCUUUCUGCAUUGGCAGAUAAGCUGGGUUCAUCUCUACCAGAUAUUAAUUUAUUGGCAAAAUCUGAUCGUACAAGUGAUCCAGCUGAGCAAGAUUAUGAUAGAAAAGCUGAGGAUGCUGUUGAUUAUGAGGAUAUUGAUGAACAGUAUGAUGGGCCCGAAGUUCAAGUAGUUAGUGAGGAAGAUCAUCUGCUGCCCAAAAAGGAAUAUUUUUCCACUCCAGUUGCUUUGGGUAGUCUAAGUUCUAGAGCAUCUGUGUUUGAUGAUGAUGAUUAUGAUGAGGAAGAAGAAGGACAAGAGGAGGAGCAUGCCCUAGUUGAAAAAGCUCUUGAGACUGAAGAGAGCGAACCAGUUGUCGCCAAGGAAGACAAGACCUUGGAGUAUGAAAAGGAGGCUAGAAUCUUUGAAAGCGAGGAUCAUAUGGACACAAACGGUGCCCAGGAGGAGGAGGUUGAUGAGUUAUUGGAAGGUGCAUUGGAUGAGAAAGGCGCCACCGCAUUGCCUACUUUAUAUAUGGAAGAUGGUAUGGUCAUAUUACAAUUCUCCGAGAUAUUUGCUAUCCAUGAGCCACCACAGAAACGGGACAAGAGAGAAAAUAGAUAUGCUUCGUAUAAUAGAGAUAAAUACAAAUCAAUGGAUAUCUCUGAGCUUGUUGAAGAUGAUGAGGAGAUACUCCUGAAGAGCCAUGGUGGGAUCGAUGCUGAUGCAAACCAAGCUGAUUUGAUUCAGCUAGAUAUUCCCUUUCCAAUGAGCGAGGGCUUACAGCUGGUAAAAUCUGGCACAAUUGGAGGUAUCACACCUGAAUCAAGAGAAUUCUCCAAGCUAGGAAGGGAUUCAUGUAUCAUGGGUGAACUGUUAAAGCCGGACGUAAUAGAAGACGAUUCCUCUCUGUGCCAGUCUCAGUUAUCAAUGGAAGUUUUUCCUCUCUACCAGCAUGAGUGGGAACAUCAAAUUCUUUGGGAAAAUUCUCCUGAAACUAGUGAUAAUUCUGGGGAUAGCUUCGAAUCUAGACUUGAGUCACUGGGUAUGCUGGUUCAAGGAACAAAUUCAGAGACUGAACAAGAAAGCUUGAAUGUGAUGACCUCUAGAGAGCAAGCUCAAGCUGAAAAGAAUAUGCUUGUGUCUUUUUCUGCCAAUCUAUUGGAGUCUUUUGGCUCACGAGGUUCCCACUCUGGAAGCGAGUCCACUAACAAUCGUCGACAUCAUCCACAACUGCUAAGGCUAGAAUCCAAGUCGGAUGAGGAUCAUCUUAGUGAAAACGACAUUACUGGAUUGGAGAAUAUGAAGCGACCUGAAAGCAAAUCUCGCUUCAGCAAACUUGCUUUGCAAGAGAGGGAUAUGGGGGAUGAGGCAUGGUUAGAUCGUAUAAUAUGGGAAUCAGAUAAAGAGUUGAGCAGGUCUCAACUAAUUUUUGAUCUUCAAGAUGAGCAAAUGGUCUUCGAAAUUUUGGAUAACGAGGAAACCAAAAAUCUUCAACUUCAUGCUGGAGCUAUGAUUGUAUCCCGGUCUUCAAAAUUCAAUGAUGAAAGCCUUCAGGAAGGCUGUGAAUCAAACUCUGGCUGGCAAUUUAAUAUUUCUAAUGACAAAUUCUAUAUGAACGGGAAAAGCUCUCAGCAGCUGCAAGCAAACACUAAUAAAUCCGGUGUUCAUAGUUUGAGAGUUUUUCAUUCGGCACCAGCAAUUAAAUUGCAGACAAUGAAGAACAGAUUGAGCAAUAAAGACAUAGCAAAUUUUCACCGGCCCAAAGCUGUGUGGUAUCCACAUGACAAUGAGCUAGCCAUCAAGCAGCAAGGAAAGUUACCCUCCCGAGGAGGAUCCAUGAAAAUUGUAAUCAAGAGCCUGGGGGGUAAAGGAAGCAAGCUACACGUUGGAAUAGAGGAAUCUGUCUCUUCGUUAAAAGCGAAGGCUUCUAAAAAGCUAGAUUUUAAGGAAACUGAAGCAGUCAAAAUGUUUUAUAUGGGAAAGGAACUUGAGGAUGAAAACUCUCUUGCUGUACAAAAUGUUCAACCAAAUUCUUUGGUACAUCUUGUGCGUACCAAAGUACAUCUGUGGCCAUUGGCACAAAAGCUGCCUGGCGAAAAUAAAGCUUUGAGACCUCCUGGGGCAUUCAAGAGGAAGGCUGAUUUAUCUACUAAAGAUGGCCAUGUUUUUUUGUUGGAGUAUUGCGAGGAGAGGCCGUUGAUGCUCAGCAAUGCAGGAAUGGGUGCAAAUUUGUGUACAUAUUAUCAGAAGUCAUCCUCAGAGGAUCAACGUGGGAACUUGUUGCGCAAUCAAAGUGACACCUUAGGGAAUGUGAUGAUUCUGGAACCUGGAGACAAAUCCCCUUUCCUUGGGGAGAUACAGCCUGGUUGCUGUCAGUCAUCUGUUGAAACAAACAUGUAUAAAGCACCUGUUUUUCCGCAUAGAUUGCAGUCAACAGAUUAUUUGCUGGUCCGGUCUCCAAAAGGGAAGCUCUCUCUAAGGCGUAUUGACAAGAUAGCUGUUGUCGGACAACAGGAACCUCGCAUGGAAGUAAUGUCUCCUGGAUCAAAGAAUCUACAGACUUAUUUGGUGAACAGGAUGUUGGUUUAUGUGUACCGGGAGUUUAUGAAGAGCCACUCAAUUGCUGCAGAUGAGCUGUCCUUUUUAUUUUCUAACUUAACAGAUGCAGUUGUCAGAAGGAACAUGAAACUUUGUGCCGGUUUGAAGAGGGAUAAAAAUGGCCAGCCUUGUUGGUACAAGAGACCUGAUUUUCAAGUUCCACCUGAGAAUGAACUUAAAAAGCUGGUGGCACCAGAGCAUGUGUGUUCCUACGAGAGUAUGUUAGCUGGGCUGUACCGGCUCAAACAUUUAGGGAUCACCCGGUUUACAUUACCUGCCAGCAUAUCAGCUGCAUUGACUCAGCUCCCAGACGAAGCUAUUGCUCUCGCCGCUGCAUCACAUAUUGAGAGGGAGUUGCAGAUAACGCCAUGGAAUCUGAGCAGUAAUUUUGUUGCUUGUACAAAUCAGGAUAGAGCAAAUAUAGAGCGUUUGGAAAUUACUGGGGUUGGCGAUCCAUCUGGACGGGGUCUAGGAUUCAGCUUUGUCAAAGCUGCACCAAAAGCACCAGCUGCGGCCGGGCAUAUGAAGAAAAAGGCAGCAGCUGGUCGUGGAGCCCCAACUGUCACUGGUACAGAUGCUGAUCUUCGCAGAUUAAGCAUGGAAGCAGCUCGAGAGGUUCUUAUCAAAUUCAAUGUUCCUGAUGAGAUAAUUGCUAAGCAAACUCGAUGGCACCGUAUAGCUAUGAUACGGAAGCUAUCAAGUGAGCAGGCGGCAUCUGGUGUUAAGGUUGACCCUACAACUAUAGGCAAGUAUGCCCGUGGGCAGAGAAUGUCUUUCCUGCAGAUGCAACAGCAGGCUCGAGAAAAGUGUCAGGAGAUUUGGGAUAAGCAACUUUCUUCCCUUUCUGCUUAUGAUGGUGAUGAGAAUGAAAGUGAAAAUGAGGCCAACAGUGAUUUGGACUCCUUUGCCGGAGAUCUGGAAAACCUGCUUGAUGCUGAGGAAGGUGGGGAGGGGGAAGAAUCUAACAUGUCUAAGAAUGACAAGUUGGACGGAGUUAAGGGUCUCAAGAUGAGACGAAGGCCAUCUCAAGUUGAGACUGACGAAGAAAUUGAAGAUGAAGCUACUGAAUAUGCGGAGUUAUGCAGAUUACUGAUGCAAGAUGAGGACCAGAAGAAGAAAAAGAAGAAGAUCAAAGCUGUGGGAGAAGGAAUGGGGUCCUUUCCUCCUCCACGUCCCAGUAUAGGUUUUCAAAUUGCAGAGCCUGUAAGAAAGGCCACUUUCAUUGACGAGAAUCCUAUCGCCACCCAACCUGAUGCAUCUUUCUUAGUAAAUGAGAGCACCAUCAGAGACACCAGAAAUUGGCAGGUUGAUAGCCCUAUUAUUAAGACCCCCAAAGGUAAACAGGUUAAAGACAAUGGCAAUUCUUUGGGCCCGCUUAAGAAAGUCAAAAUACUUAACGAAAAUCUAAAGGUAUUCAAGGAAAAGAAAUCGGCCAGAGAGAAUUUUGUUUGUGGAGCCUGUGGUCAGUAUGGGCACAUGAGAACCAAUAAACACUGCCCAAGAUACAGAGAAAAUACAGAUCCACAACCCGAAGGUGUAGAUAUGGAGAAGUCCGUGGGAAAACCGAGUACUUCAGAACUAUCAGGUCAGGCCAAGAUUAAACCUAUCAAGAGCACCAAGGCUGCGCCGAAAAGUGCAAUAAAAGUCACCGUAGAUGCAACUCCCAAGGGAGAUAGUUCCACUUACAAAACUGGGGGUCUCCCUCUGAAGUUUAGAUAUGGUAUCCCUGCUGGAGCGAUGUCAGAUACACCUGGUUUAGAAGCUCCAGGAAGUUCUGAGCAAGCAGCAGUGUCGGACAUAGACACUGGGACCAAGACCACAUCUAAGAUCAGCAAACUCAAGAUUUCAAGCAAGGCAAAACCUAAAGAAUCGAAUGUUGAAUCUGACAGACCUUUGCCUACAUAUAGCAGAGAGAGAGGGGAGAGCGAAUCUCACAAGCCUUGCGUCUCUGGAAAUCAAGCUGCCUCAAGCAGGCACACUAUAUCUAUUCUGCAGCCAUCUUCAAGCAUGGAUAGAGAUCAAGCUGAAUCUCGUAGGCCUCACCUGGUGAUACGACCGCCUACAGAAAGAGAGCAGCCUCAGAAGAAACUUGUAAUAAAACGUUCGAAAGAGAUAACUGAUCAUGACAUGAGUAGUCUUGAAGAGAGUCCACGGUUCGAGUCCCGGAAAACAAAAAGAAUGGCAGAACUGACGGGUUUUCAGAGGCAGCAGAGCUUCAGAGUAGCAGAGAACUCUCUAGAGCGGAGACCAAAAGAAGACAGAGUGUGGUGGGAAGAAGAGGAGAUAAGCAGGAGAAGAGAUUAUGAUGAUAUGAAUGUAACAGAAGAACCCAACGAGAUAGCUGAGAUCAGGAGAUACGAAGAGGUACUACGGAGUGAGAGGGAGGAAGAGGAACGACAAAAAGCGAAGAAUAAAAAGAAGAAAAAGAAGAUGCAACCCGAACUAGUAGAAGGGUAUCUAGAAGAUUAUCCUCCUCGAAGAAACAACAACGAUAGAAGAGGCCGGAACGUUAGAAGCCGGUAUGUGUCCGACUUUGAAGUGAAUGGUGCGGAUUAUGCACCUCAACCUAAAAGACGCAAAAAAGGAGAGGUUGGGCUAGCAAACAUCUUGGAAACCAUUGUGGACACACUAAGACUCAAAGAAGAAGUGUCAGGGCUCUUCUUGAAACCGGUUUCGAAGAAGGAUGCUCCAGACUAUUUUGAUAUAGUGAAACGCCCGAUGGAUCUGUCGACAAUCAGGGAUAAGGUACGGAAGAUAGAGUACAGAAACCGCGAGCAGUUUAGACACGAUGUGUGGCAGAUCCAGCUCAAUGCUCAUCUUUAUAACAACAAUGGGCGUAACCCAGGGAUACCGCCUUUGGCAGAUCAGUUGCUGGAGAUUUGUGAUUACUUGUUAGAAGAUUAUGGAGAUCAGUUAGCAGAAGCAGAGAAAGGUAUUGAUAGAUAGAUCCCACUGACUGAGAGAGUGUGUGUUUUAAGAUAGUCAUUCCUCUUUUAUGCCAUUAAAAAAAGAAGUGGGAUUCUAGCGUUAGCUAAUGAUUUGUAUGAAAAAAAAAAGAAACAUUGUCAUGUGCUGUCUGUGUAAAGGUCAAGUAAGUAAAAAGAAAAUUGUUUUCUUUUUUCUAUUGUUGUUUGUAAAAUUUUGAGGUUUUCACUAAAGUGAUGAUUGUGGUAUUAAAUAGAACUUUGAAAUAUGAUGUGUUAAUGUCGUGUAUAAAACUUUGUUUUCAUUGAGAA